AUGCUAUUUCCCGAAGAACACUCGGCGCAUUUGAAGCAAUGGAUUGUCAAGCGACUGGAAAAUACUUCCGAUGCUGACCCCGAUGUCCUCGCCGACUACGUUUUGGCAUUAUUACGGCACGAUGGUGACAUCAACGACGUGCGCAAGCUCUGCGAAUCAGAAAUUCCCGACUUUCUAAAAGAAGACUCUCCAGUUUUCGUGAACGAUGUCUUCGACGCGAUCGCCCACCGCUCAUAUCUUCCCGGCGCCCCUCCCCCGCCUCCGAAGCAACAACAACAGCAGCACCGUGCGACGACCGCUGCUUUCCCAGAUCCGGGCCCCGCCAACGAAGGUUCUUACGGCAUGUUUUACGACGACCGUCCGAUGGAUAUGGCUGUCCCGGCUUUGCCACCUCCCUUCUCCAACGGUUCGAGGAAGCGGGGAUACACCGACUGGGACGAUCCGAACGCAAACGUACAAAAUGGAGGGGGUCAUGCAUUCGGCGGCCGACCGGUCAAGCAACCCAGGCGGGGUCGCCGAGACUCGAGGUCCGAUACUCUGAAUAAGUGGUAUCGAGAGGGCAUGUCCGACGCCGUGGCUGGUCAAGUACCUUAUGCGCAAGGUGCUGCUGGCCCCCCGGCGACGGUGGGCUACUUCAAUCCCCAAAAUGGUGCGGUGGGGGGUUCGUUAUUCGGAAUGAGCAUGGCAACUGGGCAUCCCAUGCCCGAUUUCUUGGGUGGCGGUCACUUUGCGCCUGGUAAGAAGAGGAAGAAGUGUCGUGACUUUGAGAAAAAGGGGUUUUGCCCACGCGGGACGAGUUGCACGUUUGCGCAUGGCAACGACUCAGUUUACGGAGGCCCUCCAGGGCCGCCAUUUGGAGGUAUGCAGAUGAUGCCGCGGCAAGCUUCGGCGGGUGAGGAGUACGAUCCUUCCAACGCCCUGAUGCCCGACCUGCUCAACGGUCAAGGUCCCUUCCCUGGACAAAUGCCAAUCCCGGUUUUUGGCCAACAACAGCGACACCGAGGCGGCAAGUACCAGAACCGCCAGAGGCGGGCCGAUAAAGCAACCUUCUCCGCUGAUGGGCCGGUAUUUGAUAAGACAAAGUCGACAAUCGUGGUGGAGAACAUCCCUGAGGAAAGCUUCACCGAGGAUCAGGUCAAAAGCUUCUUCUCCCAGUUCGGCAGCAUUGUGGAUGUUUCGAUGCGGCCGUACAAAAGAUUGGCAGUUGUCAAGUUCGACAAUUGGACGGCUGCCAAUGCAGCCUAUCAGUCACCGAAAGUCAUCUUCGACAACCGUUUCGUGAAGGUCUUUUGGUAUAAAGAUGAGGCGUCUGCUACGGCUAGUUCUGCAGAUGGCGGUUCGGGUACAACGAAACCAAAACAUGCUCGCGGCUUACCCACAGCUGAUGACCAUGAGGCUGGGUCGCAACCGGAGAUCGACCUGGACGAGUUUGCGAAGCAACAAGAAGAGCGACAGAAGGCCUUUGAGGAGAAGACAAAAAGAAGAGAGGACCUUGAGCGACAGCGUGAGGAGUUAGAGAAGCGGCAGCAGGAGCUGAUGGCCAAACACUUAGAGGAAAAGGCGAAGCUACAGGUUAAGCUAGGGGGUUCUAAUGGUAGCAAAAACGAGAACGGUAGAGACGACACCAAGAGGCCAAUAAGCCAGACCGAAGCGCUUCGUGCACAGUUAGCAGCACUUGAGGCUCAGGCGAGGGAAAUGGGUAUUGACCCAGAUGACCCCGAUGCCUCGGCGUCGUGGACCCCUAGGGGCGGUAGCAACGGACGAGGGCGAGGCGGUAGUUGGAGAGGUUCCCCAUCACCAUACACGCCCCGUGGGUCAUUUCGUGGCGGCUAUCGUGGCCGUGCGAACGUCCACGCUGCAUAUGCUGCCUAUUCGCUUGACAAUCGCCCGAAGAAGGUAGCCCUGACCGGAGUGGACUUCACCGCCUCUGACAAGGACGAGACACUCCGGCAGUACCUCUUCGGAAUCGGCGAAUUCACCGACAUUCACACGACACCAGCUUCCACCGAGAUCACGUUUAAGGACCGGAAAACAGCCGAGAAAUUUUACAACUCGGUUCUUCUCGCUAACAGGGAGCUACCUGGUCUUGACACUCCUGUUGAGGUCAAUUGGGCCGGCGCCAACGGCGCUCCAGGUUCUAUGCCCACGACGCCGGGUGUGUUCACGGAAGGUAGCAAAACCAACAACGGUGGUGCCAAUGGGCAAACCAAGGGUGAGCGCAGAGCAGUUAGCGCCAACGGCGAAGACGACGGCGGCGGCGGAAACGACCGCCGCGGCGCGAGAGAAGAAAGGGAGGAUGAAGGCGAUGCAGGAGGUAGCGGCGAUAAGGACGUGCACAUCCUGCUUGAUCGGCCGACCCAUGGCGACCACCAUCACCACCGCCAUCACCAAAAAGACAGGGAGCAGCGGGAAAUGGAUUAUGAGGUGGCAGAUGAGGAAGAUCAGUGGGGGUAUUAG